GGACCAAGAGACAUUUUGUUGACGUGGAACUCCCUGUGCGGCCCUCGAGAAACCAACAUCAAACCCCGAUCUCAUUCACAUAUCUUCAUGAUGGCUUCAGAAAACCCCUCCAUGAAGCUUGAUCCCAAGUACGAUCAUUACGACUACCCAACAACGUCCCCGAACAAACAAAGCGGUCACCCUGGACACACAACACCAGAACAGGAUGCCCAGGUCUACCAAUUGCGAAUGAAGCUGGAGGCAGAUGGUUAUACUGAGCGUCUCGAUACUUUGACUCUUCUACGAUUCUUGCGAGCACGAAAGUUCGAUGUGGCCCUUUCAGAGAAGAUGUUCGUUGAUUGCGAGAAGUGGCGCAAAGAAACAGAUCUCGACAACCUCACCCGCAACUUCGACUACCAUGAGAAGCCCCAAGUCUUCGAGUACUACCCGCAGUACUACCACAAGACCGAUAAAGAUGGACGACCAGUAUAUAUUGAGCAAUUGGGUAACAUUGACUUAGCGGCCAUGUACAAGAUCACCACCUCUGAACGAAUGCUCGCAAACCUUGCUGUUGAAUACGAGAAGGUUGGCGACCCACGACUCCCCGCUUGCUCACGUAAAGCUGGACAACUACUCGAGACAUGUUGCACAAUAAUGGACCUGAAGGGCGUGGGAAUCAGCAAAGUCAGCUCCGUCUACUCAUACGUCAAGCAAGCCUCCGCAAUUUCGCAAAACUACUACCCCGAACGACUUGGCCGUCUCUACCUAAUCAAUGCACCAUGGGGGUUUUCAGGAGUUUGGAGUAUCGUCAAGGGCUGGUUGGAUCCCGUCACCGUCCAGAAGAUCCAUAUUCUAGGCAGCGGAUAUCAGAAGGAGCUCCUUGAACAGGUCCCAGCUGAGAAUCUCCCAACAAUUUUCGGAGGCACUUGCGACUGUCCUGGUGGUUGUGCUUUCAGUGAUGAGGGGCCAUGGACAGAUCCUCAAUGGACUAGGACCCCGAAGUGGGCUAAAAAGGAUGAAGGACAGGCGGAAGGGGAGACGACCAUUGACAAUGAGAAUGUCAACCCAGGCACAAUUCCUGACUCAGGAGCUAAGCCAGCCGCCGCGCCUGCCCCUACUGCAGAAGAUGUUGCAGAUGAGAUCAAGCCAGCACCAGCACCUCAGUAAAUUCGAUAACUUGGAGUUGUUAAAACGAGAUUUUCAUGAUUGGUGGUAGCGGUGAGAUAGGAGGUGGAAGUGAGAAUGAUGACCAUUAAAGAGCAGAAGCCGCAUUCGAGCCAUUUUCGAAACACAUGGCGUGGCUUUGGUGUGUGAUGUUUGUGUUCGAC